AUGACCAAGGAGAUCUUAGUUCAAGUCUCUGAGUUUGAGCAUGCGUCGGAAGUUUGGAAAGCUAUCAACGAGAUGUUCUCAUCUCAAUCCAAGUCGUGCAUCCUUCAAAUCAAAUCUCAGCUCUCUAGGGAGAAGAAAGGAGACCAAUCUGCAUCUGCUUAUUACACUAAGAUGAAAGGUCUUGCUGAUGAGAUGGCUGUUGCCGGCAAGAAACUUGAAGAUGAUGAUAUCAUUGAUUAUAUUCUCAAUGGGUUAGAUGCUGAUUACAACCCCUUCGUUUCAUCUAUAUCUGUCAAGGAUCAUGUUACCUUGAGUGAUCUAUAUGGUCAAUUACUCACCUAUGAGGCGCGGCUGCUCCAGCAAAAUCAAGAUGGAGGACACUUCUAUUCCUCAGCCAAUGUUGCAUCCCGUGGUCGAGGUCGUGGACGAAGCCGUGGUCGAGGUUCUAAUCGUGGUGUAUCCACUUCUGGUCGCGGUGCAUCUUCUUCUGGCCGUGGUUUUGGAAACCCUCAAGAUUCUUCUGAUCAAGAUGAUGGACCCUUGUGUCAACUCUGCGAGCGCUACGGCCAUACCAUCCAUCACUGCUAG